AUGUUUCAGGUGGUCAUCCUCUUCUUCUGCUGCUUCCUCUCCGCUGCUUCGAUGACUCCUGAUGUCACCUUGUACCUCAUCCGCCAUGGCGAGAGCCGCCAGAACGUCGCCAUCCGCAACUUCGACAUCGGGGCCAUGUUCCGCGAGCAAGAUCACGGGCUGAGCCUGCGGGGAGCAGAGCAGUGUGUCCACCUGGCCUCCAGGUUGGAGUCGAUGAUGAGAAACGCGCGCGACCGGGAGGAGGAGUGCAAGACGGAUGCCAAGAGGCUGAGCGACCCGACCACGAGGAUUUUCAGCUCCUCCCUCACAAGAGCCGUCGAGACCUCAAUCCUGGCGCUGACGCCAUUGCCUGGAAUCCGUCAUGGAGUACAACUUAUGCCGGAUGCUCGAGAGAGGGCGUCAUGCGUGCCAGGCUUGUCCUACGACUGCGUCGCUCUUCCUCGGGGUCAAGUCGCCUCGCGAGCUCUAGCAGAGCUGGAGAAUCUGUCAGCAGAAGAGGAGCUGCCGAAGCACGUGACACACGCCUGCAAAGAGGCGUGUCAAGCUCUCGCGGAUGGAUCGAUUCAGCUCGACGUCAGCAGAGUCCCAGCUGCCUCUUCCCGAUGGAUCUCGUCCAUUGAGGUUGACAGCUCAGUCGACGAACGCAUCGAGAGACUCGUGAGGGACUUGCGAGAGCAGGCAAGAAGCUCUGACUCUCGUGCGGCUGUCUGCGUGGGUCAUUCCAUGCUCUUCCUGCGGCUGUUCAAGCGCCACUGGGCGAAGGCGGCGAAGCUUCACCGAGGCGCCUCCGCUGAUUUCUUCCGCUCGCCUCUGGGACGCACACUACAGACUCACGCCCUCGCCAACUGCGCCAUCAUCGCCGUCGACCUCGACAAGGACGGGCGGGUGGUGCAUGCGAGGCUGCUGUGUGACAGCGGCUUCCGAGACGGGAUCAUCGACUCGGCUAAGGACGUUGCGGCAUGGAAGAAGUCGUAA